AUGAUGACACCUCAAGUGAUCACUCCCCAGCAAAUGCAGCAGAUCCUCCAGCAACAAGUGCUAACUCCCCAGCAACUCCAAGUCCUGCUCCAACAGCAGCAGGCACUCAUGCUUCAACAGCUUCAAGAGUUUUAUAAGAAACAACAGGAACAGUUGCAGCUUCAACUUUUACAGCAACAACAUGCUGGAAAACAGCCUAAAGAGCAGGUGGCUACGCAGCAGCUGGCCUUUCAGCAGCAGCUCUUACAGAUGCAGCAGUUGCAGCAGCAGCACCUCCUGUCUCUGCAGCGUCAGGGGCUGCUGACCAUCCAGCCCGGCCAGCCUACUCUGCCUUUGCAGCCCCUUGCACAAGGCAUGAUUCCAACAGAACUGCAGCAGCUCUGGAAGGAAGUGACAAGCUCGCACACAGCGGAGGAGGCAGCCAGCAACAACCACAGCAGCCUGGACCUGUCCACCACCUGCGUCUCCUCCUCCGCGCCGUCUAAGACCUCCUUAAUCAUCAACCCGCACGCCUCAACGAACGGCCAGCUAUCGGUCCACACUCCUAAACGGGAGAGUACGGGUGUGAUGGCUGCGAGGCCGGCUGGGCUGUUCAGUGACGGUGACGCCGCGACAGCCGGAGCGGGGAGCUGGCCUGGCCGUCCGCAUUUACUCUGUGCGGAUACAACCCGAAGCACCCCGGUCCCCGGCGCCCGCUCCCCCGCCAAAGAAAUCGCCAGCGGUUCCUGUGUGCUCUCCCCGUCUGAGUCACUUCUCCGUGUAAUCGGCUUUGAAAAAAAUACCAGCCGUGACUCAGAGCUGGAGUUGCUAAUCUUCGGUUUUAAGCCUUAUCAGGCACUUCUUAUUGUUAGUGCUUUUCAGAUUCGGAAUCCAAUUUCGAACACGAGGGAAGCAAAAAAACGGGCUCUGAGCGAAUUCCAGAACAAUGGCGCUGGCUCCGGUUUCUGUUUGUCCUCGGAGCGCGUGGUUAGUCGGCAG